ACUUGUUCGACAUUUACUUAAGUCUACGACAAUGGCUGAUGGUGUAGAAGCAGCAAGAGGAAGAAGCAAAAAGCAAAACAGCAUAUUAAGAAAACAACUUGCUAUAGCUGUAAGAAGUGUUCAAUGGAGCUACGGAAUUUUCUGGUCCUCUUCAUCUACUCAAUCUGGGGUUUUGGAGUGGGGAGAAGGAUGUUACAAUGGAGAUAUAAAGAAAAGGAAGAAGAGAUACGAAGCUCAUUGUAAAUAUGGGUUGCAGAGAAGCAAGCAGCUUAGGAAGCUUUAUCUGUGUAUGCUUGAAGGAGAUAGUAGUACUACUACUCAUGAUGAUCAUAGUGAUCACAAUUGUAACAGUAGUACAAGUAUGAUGCUGUCACCAGAUGACCUCUCCGAUGAAGAGUGGUACUAUUUAGUCUCCAUGUCCUAUGUCUUCUCUCCUUCUCAAUGUUUGCCAGGAAGAGCUUUGGCUACGGGUGAGACCAUAUGGCUUUGCAACGCUCAGUACGCGGAGAACAAAUUCUUCUCUCGUUCUUUGUUGGCAAGAAGCGCAUCAAUUCAGACUGUUGUGUGUUUCCCUUACUCGUGCGGUGUGAUUGAGCUGGGCGUCACAGAAUUGAUUUCAGAAGAUCAUAGUUUGCUUCAACACAUCAAAUCUUGCUUGUUGGAGACUUCAAAACCCGAUAACUCUUUAAACAACUUCUCUGCUCACCAAGACAACGAUGCUGAGAAGAAUCAAAUGAAAAUUAAAAUCAGUGAUGGAAACUCGGUGCUCCAAGAGAACCAUAAGAUUCAAUUUGGUAUUUCUGAUCUCAUGUCUGAUGAAGACUUGCAUUACAAAACAACUGUCUCUACAGUACUCAAAUACGCCGCCGAUAUAUCAAAAAGGAACGAUAAGAACAUACAAGCGGAUCUUGUUUCUUCUAAUUGUGGCUCAAGUUUCUUGCGGUGGAAGCGGCAUGAGCAGCCAAACUCAAAACUUCUUCAGAAACAUAGCAUUGCGCAGCCAUUGUCACAGACUGUGUUGCGGAAGAUAUUGCACGAUGUCCCUUUGAUGCACUCUGCAGACUCAAAGGGAAUGUUCCCAAGUAAGAGAUUUGGUCUGAAUCAAGAUGAUCCUUCGGACAGAAGAAAAGAGAACGAAAAAUUCAGUGUCCUUAAAGCUAUGGUUCCCACUGUCAACGAGGUUGAUAAAGAAUCCAUAUUGAACAACACAAUCAAGUACUUGCAAGAACUAGAGGAAAGAGUAGAAGAGCUAGAAUCUUGUAUGGGAUCAGUUAACUUCGUUGAGAGACAAAGAAAGACGACGAAGAGCCUUGACGGCUCUGUAUUGAUUGAAGAGACAUCAGGGAACUACGAUGACAGCACGAAGAUCGAUGGAAACUCAGGAGAGACGGUACAAGUCACUGUUUCCAGAGAUCAGACACAUUUGAGAGUUAAACUCAAAGAAACAGAAGUUGUGAUCGAAGUCAAAUGUUCAUACAGAGACUACAUAGUUGCAGACAUCAUGGAAUCUCUGAGCAAACUUCACAUGGACGCUUUCUCUGUUAGAUCUCACACACUUAAUGGGUUCCUCACACUGAAUGUAAAGGCAAAGUUGCGUGGGACUGCAGUUGCGUCAGUAGGAAUGAUUAAGCGAGAGCUGAGGAGAGUCAUUGGUGAGAGUAUGAGAAUCACUUAGGGUUUUCUAAAUGAUUUUUGUAAAAAUAAACUUUUUGAUGAAACGUUGUAUUUUUUUGGACUUUGGUGAAUCUAUAUGUCAUUAACUUUAUAUCGACUCUUCCGAGUCUUUUUGAUGAAAUCUUUGCUGAGUU